UAACAUCACAAUUCUUCUAUUGCUUCCAAAUACUCUGAGCUUAUUUUUGACUUACCACAGUACCAAACUGAAGAUGGCUGAGACUCUCCUUAGUGUUGUUGCUGAGGAAAUACUAGGCAAGCUGAUUUCACUUGCUACUGAACAGAUCGGCGUUGCUUGGGGUUUCAAAGAUGAGCUGACACGGCUUCGUGACUCAUUAACCAUGAUUCAAGCUGUGUUGGCUGAUGCAGAGAGAAGGCUAGUGAGAGAAGAGUUUGUGAGGCUUUGGUUGCAGAGGCUUAAAGAUGUUGCUUAUGAUGCUGAUGAUGUGCUGGACGAGCUUGCUUAUGAGAUUCUCAAGCGAAAGGUGGAGAUCCGAAAUCAAAUGAAGAGAAAGUUUUCCCAAAAUAUGUUUCCUGGCACUGCGGAGAAGUAAUUAAUCUCAUGGAAUGUCAAUCCACUCCCUAGAAAUCGAUGGGUAAUAUUUUUAUACCAAAGGAUAGCUGUGCAGACUUGUCCAUAGCUUUAAUGUUAUUAAAGAGGAAGCAACUUGAGUGGCAUUGGGGAUGACAUUUCUGUUGUGUAUAGCUGGAGGAAAAAUCAAUCAACUAAUUCACUCUCAACUGUGAGAGCUAACAAUAGUUCAUAAGAGCUGAUAUUUAACUGUUGCCAUUGGAAGGAAGGAUGUGCUAUGGGAAAAAGAGCUCCACGGGUCCUUUUUUCUAUUAAAUGAAAAUGGAAAGUUUAAACAGCCAACAGAUAGCAUCUUAUAGUUAUCCAUUGGUAGCACUUGGCCAUUCUUGUGAGCUAGUCACUUUUAGUUUCUGAUUCAGCAGACCUUUCUUUUCCAAUGUCAACUGUCAAGGAUCCUUUACAGAUCAUCCAGUUUGGCGCCAAAUGUUCUUUUGGUUACCUAAGCUGCUCGGCCAACAACGGAAUCUCCCAGCAAAGCAAUAGGAAUAUGGAAGGAGCAAGAGUGUCCCAGUACUAGAGGAUUGGUUGUAGUCCAAAAAUCACAAUAGAAGGAAUUUUAAAUUGGUUCCAAUGAUUACAUUAAAAUUUAUAUUUUACUGUCACCAUUGAAAGGAAGAAUGUGCUGUGGGAAAAAGAGCUCGACAGGUCCAAGAAUGUCUGUAUUAAAUGAAAAUAGAAAGUUUGAAACAGAUAGCAUCUUAUAGUUAUCCACUGGUAGCACUUGGCCAUUCUUGUGAACUAGCCACUUGUAGUUUCUGAUUUGGCAGACCUUUCUUUUCCAAUGUCACAGACACUUUACAGAUCAUCCAUUUUGGAGCCAAAUUGGCCAACAAUGGAAUCUCCCAGCAAAGCAAUAUGCAUGUGACCAUAAUACUGGAUGCUCUUGAUUAUGCAAACGUUCAUAUGAUAGAUCCUAAUCACUUGCAUAUAAGGCACUUGAGGAAAUUUAUCUAUUCUUUCUGGCUGGAGAAAUAAUUUAUUAUAGAUGGGAGCUGAUGAAAGUUGAUUAAAGUUGAAGGCCCUCAUAUUUUGUCCAAAUAGAGAAAAAGGAAAAUUCUCUUCAAGUUUUGCACCCACAAUGUACUUAUGAUUUCAAGAAGCUGGUCUGUUCCCUUACAAUAUGCUGCUGAUUUUUUGUUUCCCUCAUUUAAAAGAAGGAUAUGCCAAGGGAAACGGUCCCUAGUAUACCUGGAUAGAGAAAUCAUAAAAAGCAAGUGAUAAGUCCCUCCAAACUUGAAAAUUCAUUAGUGCAGGAAACAUGUUCAGGCAUAUGAAUAUUUGAUGAAAGCUUUUGUAGAACAUAAUAAGUUUGGUAAUCUUCCAUAUGGAUUUCGAGCGAAUACAUGGCUUGCUCCUCCAUCUGUUGCUGAUUCUCCAUCGGACUUCCCAUUACUGCCAACAGAAGAUGAAAAUUGGGGUGGCAAUGGUGGUGGCUGGGGAAGAAAUGGUGAAUUUGAUCUUUGACCAUGGGCAACUGAUUUUGCAAUUUUGGCUUGCCUACCUUGUAAAACUGAGGAGGAGAGGGUGGUCCAAGACCGGAAGGCUUUUUUACUUCAUAGUCAAUUUGAUGAUGUCUCAAUCUUUAAAGCUGUUGCAGCAAUACGCCAUCUCAUAGAUUCCAAUAUGCAAGCGAAGGAUACAAUAAGCAGUAAACCAGACUCAGUCUUGCAUGAGGAUCGUGUGGGAGAUCUGUCCAUUAUUGUAAAACGUGAUACAACUGAUGCAGGCUCAAAAUAUGAUAUAAAAACUGAUGGCCGUCAAUUAUCCAAUAUGUCUGACAAGGAAGCUGCUCAACGGAAUUUGCUUAAGGGGUUAACUGCAAAUGAGAGUGUAGUGAUUCAUGAUACAUCCUCCUUGGGUGUUGUCAAUGUAAGGCAUUGUGGAUACACUGCUACUGUAAAGGUUGUUGGUAAUGUGAAGAAGGCAAAGUUUCACACUCAAGAUAUUGAAAUUGAUGAUCAACCAGAUGGUGGGGCAAAUGCUCUUAACAUUAACAGCUUGAGGUUUCUGCUUCAUAAGUUUAGUGCUGAACCAUCGGGAGGAUGUUGGUCACCUCAGUCUAACUUGGAUGGCAAUGAAGUGUCCAGAUGUCUGGUCAGAAGAGUAGUUAAAGAGAGCUUGAAAAAGUUAAAGGAGAUGCCCAUUGAUUCUAAGAGGUCUAUGAGAUGGGAACUUGGUUCUUGUUGGGUACAACAUCUACAAAAGCAGGAAAGUCCAACAGGAAACAAGUCUAAAAGCCCAGAUGAUGAUAAUGGGGCUGAACAUUUGGUCAAAGGUCUUGAAAAGCAGUUUAAAUUUUUGAAGAAGAGGGAAAAGAAAGAAAAUUGUGCAAGUAGCACUGAUAAGGAAGAAAAUGAUUCUAGACCUGGCAAUCUGAAUUCGGAAACUGAUUUGGGAGAGCUAAGCAAUGGUGAACUCAAAGGCGUAGCAGAACUGGAGAAGCUAAUUUCUGAAGAUGCCUUCUUGAGUCUGAAAGAAACUGGGACUGGUCUUCAUUUAAAGUCAAUAGAUGAGCUGAUCAGGCUGGCACAUGAGUAUUAUGAUGAACUUGCACUACCAAAACUGGUAACAGAUUUUGGGUCACUGGAACUUUCUCCAGUUGAUGGCCGUACUUUAACUGACUUCAUGUAUUUAAGGGGACUACAGAUGCGCUCUUUGGGUCGAGUGGUUGAACUUGCAGAAAAACUUCCCCGUAUACAGUCACUUUGUGUCCAUGGGAUGCUUGCUCGAGCUUUCAAGCAUCUACUUAAAGCAGUUGUUGCCUCUGUUGACAAUGUAGAGGACUUACCGGCAGCAAUAGCUUCGGCUCUAAAUUUUUUACUUGGAAGUUGUGAGACGGAAGAUAAUGACAAAGAAUUGAAUGAUGACCAUAUUCUUAGAUUUGAAUGGUUCUUUUUUCAAAAGUGCUCUCCUUUGGAAAGGGACUGGCUGCCUUUUUCUAAAGGACUUCUUUGCCAUUUACUGGUAUUCUUACAUGUCUGAAUGGGUUUAUGGACAUAGCAAUGGUGCAAACAUAAGAAAAUGUCAAAGGGCAGUUGAUAAUUAACUACGUUCUCUGCAUUAGUAUAAGUCAUGUAGAUCAUCAGCAGUCAUGCUUUUAAUUUAAGAUAGUGGAUUUUGGAAAUGAGGAUUGGAAGAUCUUCUCCAAUGGAAUGAGCUAUCAUAUGUUUGAUUGAAGAGUAAUGCCUUAUUACUAUUGUGAUGAAUGGUAUCAUUGAUUUAACAGUGUGAUCAAUGAUGAUGAUGAUGAUGAUGAUGAUGAUUGUUGAGUUGGUGGCUUGACAAUGCUUAAGUAAUGUUGCCGUGUACUUGGUUUCAAAUAGUGUCCACCACGUCACUUGCGCUCCACACAAAGAUUAGCCAACCUUAUUGGUUCAUGUUGCAAACCUAAACUAUUAUAUAGAUGUGGUCUUGUUAAUUGUUGUGUGACAAAAAAUAGAGUUCAAGAAUUUCAAAAAAAAAAAAAAAAAAAAGUUCAAGUGGUGCUUUGUUUAAGAGAAAUUAUAGAUUUCUCUUCUCACAUGCUUUGGUGAGAGUGCUCUUUAGGUGUAUUGGUGUUUGGGUUUUGUGAUAGCACAUUUAUACUAUCUUUGUAAUUGGUCCUAUUUUCUUAGUGAAACUUUUUCCUUAACACCGCCCGUGGAUGUAGGCCUAUGGCUGAACCACGUAAA